AUGUUGGAGGUACGGGAGCUGCCUUGGAUGGCUCGUUUGGCGAACCAUAUUCUCACGCCAGGCUCUGCGCUGUCACCAGCGGUGUGGAUUACUUUUAAUGUUGUGAUGGCUGCGCUCCUCUUCUGCUGGCUAUCGUUGGUCUUCACCAUGCCGGACAAUAUUCACAUAUGGACGUUUGGUUUCCUUGGAUCCGGCUUGGCUUUUUCGACAAACUGGCUGUUUAAAGAGAUUUUUAACCGUGAAUCGGCUGAUGAGAAGAGACAAGAGGAAUCCGUAUCCAACACGGUGGAAUUGCAUGAAAAGAAGGAGGAUUAA